AUGAUCGGCUUUGCCAAAGCCAAAGCGUUGAUGCUGACUGCCGAAAAAAUCAGUGCAGAUGAAGCGGAACGAUUGGGAAUGAUUUAUAAAGUGGUAGAAGAUGAUCAGUUACAGAUAGAGGUUGUUACUUUAGCCGAGUAUUUGGCAACCCAAGCCAGCCUGAGUUUUGCCUUGAUUAAACAAGCGAUGCGGGCGCUGACUGCACCUGAUGGGAUGAUUCGUAUUCCUUUGAAUGAAGACUCAGACAAAGGCAAUGGACAAAUCGCUGAGUUUUUGGCUGACUUUAACGGAGAAGGCAUUCAACACAUUGCUUUUAUUACCGAUGACUUAAUUUCAACAUGGGAUAAGUUAAAAGGUUUAGGGCUGAAGUUUAUGACGGCACCUCCUGAAACUUAUUAUGAAAUGUUAAAAGAUCGUCUGCCUGAUCAUGGUGAGCCGACAGAAGAGCUGCAAAAGCGCGGUAUUCUGUUAGAUGGCAAUACCAAAGACGACGACGAUGGUUUUGGUGAGGGUAACUUUAAGGCAUUGUUUGAAUCAAUCGAACGUGACCAAAUCCGCCGUGGCGUAUUAGAAGCCAAAUAA